AUGGCCUCUUCACUCUUUCUACUCGCUCUUUCGUUAGGCUUGCAAGUCCAUGCUGCCGCACUCCCCCAUUCCGCACAGGCAACGGGCCUCGACAUCAGUACCACGCUCCAAAAUAUUCUGGCCAACACGCAAAAGAGCGAUGGCUACACAUAUCCAACCGAUCUGACCAGAGGGAUCAUACCCAAACCAAUCCACUCGCACAACGACUACUGGCGCGACGUUCCUUUCUAUUCGGCCCUCUCUGUGGGAUGUGCCUCCGUCGAGGCUGAUGUCUGGCUCUACAACGACACCCUCUAUGUCGGCCAUGAAGAAUCUGCCUUGACGCAAGCCCGCACCCUCGACUCACUCUACAUCCAGCCCAUCCUGGAUACCCUCCGACGCCAAAACCCGACAUCUCCCUUCGUCAACUCACCCAGCAGAAACGGCGUCUUUGACACUUCUUCGGGUCAAACGCUGUUCCUGUUCAUCGAUGUCAAGACCGACGGCCAUACCACGUGGCCCGCGGUCGUGAGCGCCCUGGAACCGCUUCGCGCCCCGGGCUACCUCACCACCUUCAACGGCACGGGCGUCACCAGCGGCCCCGUCACCGUCAUUGGUACAGGCAAUGCGCCGCUGGACCUGAUCCAGCCCCUUCACGAACGCGACUACUUCUUUGACGCUCAUCUGGACUUGCUCAACUCGACAGAAUCUGACAUUACGGCCGACAUUUCUCCCGUGGCGUCGACAAAUUUCGACGCGCAGUUCGGCCCCAUCAACGGCACCACCUUCACCCCCGCCCAGAUGGAGCUGCUGAUCAGCCAGAUCGAGGUCGCCAAGUCAAAAGGGAUCCUCCCCCGGUACUGGGAUACCCCGGGCUGGCCGAUCAGCACGCGGAAUGCGGUGUGGGCCACCUUACUCGAGCAGGGCGUCGGGUUGCUGAACGCAGACGACUUGCCCGCUGCGGCUGGGUUUGGAGCGUAUUAUGGCAUGUGGUAA